AUGGUCUCCUCAGCCAUCUUCAAACUUGCGGCCCUUGCAGGUCUGGCACAAGCUGCUACCGUCAGCGUUUCCGGUUCUGCGGAAGGUUUCGCCUCCGGUGUCACUGGUGGUGGUUCCGCCACGGCAGUCUACCCCGACACCACCGACGAGCUGAUCUCCUACCUCGGAGAUGACGAGGCUCGCGUCAUUGUCUUGACCAAGACUUUCGACUUCACCGGCACUGAGGGUACCACCACCUCCACCGGUUGUGCCCCCUGGGGUACCGCCUCCGCCUGCCAGCUUGCCAUCAACCAGAACGACUGGUGCACCAACUACCAGGCCGACGCUCCCACCGUCUCCGUCUCCUACGACAAUGCCGCCAUCGAGGGUAUCACCGUCGGUUCCGACAAGACCCUCAUCGGCUCGGGCUCUUCCGGUAUCCUCAACGGUAAGGGUCUGAGAAUCGCCGGCGGCGCCAGCAACAUCAUUAUCCAGAACAUCAAGAUCACCAACUUGAACCCUCAAUACGUCUGGGGUGGUGAUGCCAUCACUCUGGCCGACUGCGACAAGGUCUGGAUCGACCACGUUACCACCUCUGCCAUCGGCCGCCAGCACCUCGUCCUCGGUACUGCCGCCAGCGGCAGCGUGACCAUCUCCAACUGCGACUUCGACGGUGAGAGUGACUGGUCCGCCACCUGCGACGGCUACCACUACUGGACCAUCUACUUCGACGGCUCUGCCGACUUCGUCACCUUCAAGAACAACUACAUCCACCACACUUCCGGCCGUGGCCCCAAGGUCGCCGGCUCCACCCUCCUCCACGCCGUCAACAACCUCUGGGCCGACACCGACUCCAGCGGCCACGCCUUCGAGAUCGCCUCUGGUGCCUACGUCUUGGCCGAGGGCAAUGUCUUCUCCGACGUCGACGUGCCCCAGGAGACCGGCGACGACGGUGCUCUGUACGCUGUCAACGACUCUUCCGCCGCCUCCUCGUGCUCCUCCUCCAUCGGCCGCGUGUGCGUUGCCAACAGCUUCAGCAACUCCGGGUCCUGGACCGGCUCCGACAGCUCCGUCCUGUCCAAGUUCAGCAGCUACACUCUGGCUACCGCCGAUUCCGCCUCCAGCGUUUCUGCCCUGUCCUCCUCCGCUGGUUUCGGUACCUUGUAA